GCCGGUGAGAGUGUGACGCGGAGGAAGCUAGCGCAUGCGCACUCGCUCCUGUGAGAGAGUGUGCCACAUGCCUUAUUAUUUAGAAUGUGUUGAAUACAAUCACAAAGUCGGUCGGUAAUACCUGCAUAAGAUGACCUUCAUUACUACCUGUUGGCUAAUCACAAGCUGAACUCAUUCUCUGCAUCAUGUCACUGUUGACACACACUUUAUCUUGCCUCUUUGGCAUUGGGUCAUGGGUUGCCAUCAAUGGGAUGUGGGUUGAGCUCCCACUGAUUGUAAAUAAGAUCCCUGAAGGUUGGUACCUGCCCUCCUACCUCACUGUAAUCAUCCAGUUGGCGAACAUCGGACCACUUUUCAUCACACUUAUGCAUCACUUCAGGCCAGGAGCAUUGGACGAGCGGCCAGUCAUUUACAUGAUUGUAGUGUUGGGUGUCCUGGCUGCUUUCCUACUGGCAUUCCUCUGGAAAUAUACUCUAUUGGUGGGAAAUGCUGUACGAAGCGUAGCUCUGCUGUCUCUCAGUUUCAUGCUGUCAGUGGUGGACUGCACCUCCUCUGUUACCUUCCUGCCUUUUAUGAUGAGGCUCCAGCCUCAGUACCUUACCACCUACUUUGUUGGAGAGGGUUUGAGUGGCCUAAUUCCAGCGCUUGUGGCUCUGAUUCAAGGUGUUGGGGUGGUCCAGUGUAUAAAUGCUACAGCUAUUGCAAACAUAAGCUCAGCCAACUACACAGGGAGGAUUAGUAACGAACUGGAGGCACGUUACCAGCCAGCUAACUUCUCUGCCCAGGUCUUCUUCCUGUUCCUCAGUGCCAUGAUGGCAGUGUGCCUGGGUGCUUUCGUAAUGCUCAACUACCACCCUGUUGUAGUAAAAGAACAUAAAUGUGAGAAGUAUCUUGGUGAUUCAAAGCACCGAGAGAAGGUUGACAUUAGUCUAUCCCUUCAGAACCAUUCUGCAGAGCAGACACCUAUGCUGGAACAUCCAGAAGGUCAAGCAAAUGAACCUCGCAGCACCUUUGGGAAAGGCACAUACAGCAGAGCAGAGGUGGUCUUCAUUUUUGUUGUUCUGGGUUGGGUUAAUGCAUUAACCAAUGCAGUUCUCCCAUCAGUACAGUCCUACUCCUGCCUGCCAUAUGGUAAUCAGGCUUAUCACCUGGCGACUACGAUGGCUGCAGUGGCUAACCCUGUGGCCUGCUUUUUCGCCAUGUUUUUCCCAAUCAGGUCUCUGAUGCUGAUGGGGGUUCUUACGGUGACUGGUACUGGGUUUGGGGCCUACAUAAUGGGCAUGGCAGCACUGAGUCCCUGUCCCCUUUUGGUUCAUCAUGAACUAGGAGCUGCACUCAUGGUGAUAACUUGGGUGAUAUUUGUUCUCACUCUGUCCUACGUGAAGGUGAUUAUUGGGGUGAUCCUCCGUGAUGAAGGACGCAGCGCACUCGUGUGGUGUGGUGCUGUAGUACAACUCGGUUCCAUGUUAGGAGCCAUGUCAAUGUUUCCGUUAGUCAACGUUUAUGGACUCUUCAAAUCAGGAGAUCCUUGUAAUACUAAGUGCACCAAAUGAAACAAGCUUCAUUAAAUGUGUUACAGUUCUUUUCUUUAAAAAAAACAAAUGAAUACACUGCAGCCUAAGACAAUAUUUUACUGGUUCAAACAUGCUACUGAAAUGUUACACAAGAAGUUCCCAAAUACUUGCACUGUGUUAAGAAGUCUUGAAGUGCACUAGAUUAGUUACACUAUGUAGAGCUAUAAUGUUACAGACCAAUGUAAAGACAUAUUUGUCUGUUGUGGUUAAUGUUAUUCUAACUGAUGCUUAUUUAAAAAAGUGCCUUUAUAGUAUGCUGUUUAUAGCUGAUGUUCAUUUUUUCAUGUUUGAAAUGGUUCAGUACUUUUUUAAGUUGUAAAACUUUAAUACAAAUCAUUGUCGAAUGAAA